AUGGUAAGAGAAAUAAGCUCCGAGGAAGUUAAAAAACAUCGUGAUAGUAAAAGUGUGUGGAUUAUCAUACAUAAUGAUGUUUACGAUGUAACAAGUUUUUUGGAAGAGCACCCUGGUGGUGAAGACUCGCUGCUCGAAGUAGCUGGGGAAGAUGGCACACAGGGAUUUGAAGAUGUGGGACAUAGUGAAGAUGCAAGAGAAUUAUUGAAGAAAUAUAAGAUUGGGACACUUCCGGCCGGUGAAACAAAAAAUCAAGUAUCAGAUAAUAGAUUGAAUUUGAAAUGGGCGAUCGUGGCGUUAGCGGGCGCAAUACUCGUUGGCGUCGCACUUAGGAAGUACCUGCGA